AUGUACAACGGGAUCGGGCUGCGCACGGUGCGCGGCUCCGGCACGAAUGGCUACGUGCAGCGGAACCUCAGCUACGUGAACGCGUCGCGCACGCGGCAGACUCUAGCGCGCAACCAGCGCGGGGGAUCAUCGGGGGAUUUUGUCUCCCGAGGGGGCGGCAGGAACCGUCCGCCGCCCAAUCCAGACAUCCUGCUGCACGAGCAGAAGCGGAAGGUGGAGCUGCAGCUGCUGGAAAUGUCACUGGAGAUGGAAGACCGUGGUUGCGAUCCUGACGAGAUCCAGGACAAGGUUAAGCGAGAACGUGAGCGACUGCUGGCACGCUUGAAUGACGCUGGAGACAGAGGACGCGAGAGCGCCAAGGACUCGGAGAGCACUCACGCUCGGCAAAAGCGCAAGGAGGAGGACAACAAACGGAUCAAAGACGCGUUCGAUAUCGCCACGGACUACGUGGCUGGUGAGAGCUUCGACCCGGAGAUGCAGGAACGACGUCGCCAGGAGAGGAAGGAGAAGAGAGAGCAGGAGUGGAAACAAAGGGAGGAAGCGCGGCAGCAGAGACUUAAAGAGAGAGAGGAGAGGGAAAAGACGAUGAGGGCGAGGCGUGAGCGCUUCCGCUCUUCUCAUUCCAGAUCAAGGUCGAGAUCGGCCUCACGCUCGCGUCGAUCGAGAUCUCCUGGGGAUGGUCGCAGCCGUGAUCGACGUAGUCGAGGCCGUGAUAGUGUCAAGGCAAAUCGUGACUCGAAAGCUAGUCCGCGGUCUGCA